UCCACCGCGUUUACCUCCACCAGGCUGAUAGAUAGAAACCAUUCUGUCUUUCUUUCUUUCUUUCUUUCUUUCUUUCUUUCUUUCUUCCCCCCCCUCACGCCAGGCUUCCCGUCGUCCUCUCCUUCCCUCCCAGACGCUUCCAGCUCCGUCCGCCACAAUCCUCAGCUCAAACAAAAGAGGAGGAAAAAAAACAACAACAACAACAACAACACACGCUCACACAGUCUGACCCGAAGCACCUGGAGCAGCAUGGCCACCAUCACCUGCACCCGAUUCACAGAGGAAUACCAGCUGUUCGAGGAACUGGGCAAGGGAGCGUUUUCAGUGGUGCGCAGGUGUGUGAAAAUCCUCUCAGGGCAAGAGUACGCUGCCAAGAUCAUCAACACCAAGAAGCUCUCUGCCAGGGAUCAUCAGAAGUUGGACAGAGAGGCUCGGAUCUGUCGACUGCUCAAGCACCCCAACAUAGUGCGCCUACAUGACAGCAUCUCAGAGGAGGGGCAUCAUUACCUGAUCUUUGACCUAGUGACGGGUGGUGAACUGUUCGAGGACAUCGUCGCCAGAGAAUAUUACAGCGAGGCAGAUGCCAGUCACUGUAUUCAGCAGAUUCUGGAGGCGGUGCUGCACUGUCAUCAGAUGGGCGUCGUUCACAGAGACUUAAAGCCGGAGAACCUGCUCCUGGCCUCCAAGUCCAAAGGCGCCGCGGUGAAGUUAGCGGACUUCGGCCUGGCCAUCGAGGUUGAAGGGGACCAACAGGCAUGGUUUGGCUUCGCUGGCACACCUGGUUACCUGUCACCUGAGGUGUUACGGAAGGACCCGUAUGGUAAAGCAGUGGACCUCUGGGCAUGUGGUGUGAUCCUCUACAUCCUGCUGGUGGGAUACCCGCCUUUCUGGGAUGAGGACCAGCACCGACUCUACCAGCAGAUCAAAGCUGGGGCCUACGAUUUUCCCUCUCCUGAGUGGGACACGGUCACUCCGGAGGCCAAAGACCUCAUUAAUAAAAUGCUGACCAUCAACCCUGCCAAGCGCAUCACUGCGGCCGAGGCCCUGAAGCACCCCUGGAUAUCACAUCGCUCCACGGUGGCGUCCUGCAUGCACAGACAGGAGACGGUGGAGUGCCUGAAGAAGUUUAACGCCCGGAGGAAGCUGAAGGGUGCCAUUCUCACCACCAUGCUCGCCACCAGAAACUUCUCAGGAGGAAAGAGUGGCGCCAACAAGAAGACAGAUGGUGUGAAGAAAAGGAAGUCCAGUUCCAGCGUCCAGCUGAUGGAGUCCUCUGAGAGCACAAACACAACUAUCGAAGAUGAGGAUACCAGAGUGAGGAAGCAGGAGAUCAUUAAGGUGACUGAACAGUUGAUCGAAGCCAUCAGCAACGGAGACUUUGAGAGUUACACGAAAAUGUGUGAUCCGAGUGUAACGGCCUUCGAGCCUGAAGCUUUGGGCAAUCUGGUGGAGGGGCUGGACUUUCAUCGCUUCUACUUUGAGAACUUGUGGUCUAAGAACAGUAAGCCGGUCCACACCACCAUCCUGAACCCGCACAUCCACCUGAUUGGGGAGGAGGCCGCCUGCAUCGCCUACAUCCGCAUCACGCAGUACAUCGACAACAAUGGCAUGCCGCGCACCGCGCAGUCCGAGGAGUCCCGCAUCUGGCACCGCCGCGACGGGAAGUGGCAGAUCGUCCAUUUCCACCGCUCCGGAGCUCCAUCCACAAUUACCAAGUAAGACCAUCAGUUGAGCUGUAGUGUAGGUGGGGUUUGCAGUGAGAGUAAUCCUGGUGGUCCACGCUGCUCUGUGGUUUUACUGCCCACCUGCCCACCUGUCUGAGGACCCACGAGCCCCUGCUUCACAUUCACAUGAACUCCAUCCAGGCUUGUGUUUCUCCACCUUCAUCGCUCACUCCUCCAGCGUGUGUGUCGAUACGCCUUGCUGAGGAACAUCUCCACCACUCCUCUCCGCCACUCCUCCACCACUCCCCCACCGCUUUUCUCUUCCGCUGUUUUACUUGGAAUGCAGCAUUUUUCCAAGGAAAACUGGUAAAGAGUGAGAGUUAUUAACAGAACGUAGUUUUUGAUUGUGACGGGACUGAUUAUGUUUGACUCGUGAUGGGAACCAUAAAGAGAAAUAUGUCCUACAAAACGAGCUCGACGUUGUAGUUCUGGUUGACGGUGUGUUGUUUUUGAGCCCAUGUUGUAAAAUAAUAGAGAGUAACGUUUGGAGGUGCAUGAUUAACGCUUACCUGUUUAUUUAGCCUAGAACUACAGGGGAACAGUAACGGUGUACGUUUUCUAACACUAUUAUUUAACUGUACAGUAAUAAUAUACUUCCUGUUUGACUUAUAAAUACUCUUCAUAUUAUAUUUAAACUUUAAACUCCUUAAAAGUAUAAGUUUGUCUGUU